GGGGAGGGUGGGGGGGGAGCCUCGCCCGGCCCCCCCGGAGCUGCGCAGGCGAUGCCCGCUGGCCCCGGGUCCCCCCCGCUCGCCGCCGCCGGGACGCCGCGCCGGGACGGAGCCGCCGGGACGCCGCGGACGAGGGGCGGCAUGGCCGGGGGGGGCUGCGGGGGCGGCUCGGAGCCCCGCCGGGGACCCCACGGUGCUGGGUCCUGGUGGCCGCGGCGGCUGCUGCUGCUGGCCUGGCUCAGCCUGGUGGGCACGGCACAGGACCCAGCCCUGGGGACACCAGCGAGGGUCCCCGAGCCCCCAGCCCCUGCUCGGCCCCGGGGGUCCUGGGGGUCCUGGGGCCCCUGGAGCUCCUGCUCCAGCUCGUGCGGUGACGGCGUCGCCCUGCGCAGCCGGAGGUGCCUGCGGAGCAGCGAGGAGCAGCCGUGCCAGGGGGACCCGCGGCAGUACCGGCUCUGCCAGCUCCAGGGCUGCCCCGGCGGCUCCGUGCCCUUCCGGGCCAUGCAGUGCUCCCUCUACAACAACCGGCCCGUCCUGGGCGCCUCCGCCCGCUACCGCUGGGUGCCCUUCCACGGAGCCCCCAACCUCUGCGACCUCAACUGCCUGGCCGAGGGCCACAACUUCUACUACAGCUUCGGCCGGGUGCUGGACGGCACCCGCUGCGGCCCCGGCUCCCCGGACCUGUGCGUCGGCGGGCGCUGCCUGAGCGUGGGCUGUGAUGGGAUCCUGGGCUCGGGCUCACGCCCCGACGCCUGCGGCCACUGCGGCGGCGGCCACGGCUCGUGCGUGCUGGUGCACCGGCUCUUCCAGGGCUCGGACCCCUCCUCCGGAUAUUUGGGAUACGUGAAUGUCACCAAGAUCCCGGCCGGGGCCACCAACAUCAAGGUGACGGACAAGAGCCGCAACUACCUGGGAACGCGAAUUCCCGGAGCCCCGAGCGCCGCUCCCCGGCCCACGCCGCCCUCCCGCGCCGGGAGAGGCCCCGCCGGGGACCGGGCCGGGGGUCCCGGGGGCCGUGCGGGGCUCGGUUUGGCCGGAGCCGCUCCCUCCCGCAGCGCUGAUGGCGAGCGACGGGCGCUACGUCCUCAACGGGGACUGGGCCAUCGCCUGGCCGGGGCCCUACGAGGCCGCCGGGACCCUCCUGACCUACAACCGAGCCCCCGACGGCACCGAGAGCCUGGAGGCGCCCGGGCCCACCCGCGACGACCUGCACGUGCUGGUGCUGCUGCAGGAGCCCAACCCCGGCAUCGAGUACCAGUUCUGGCUGCCCCGCGGGCACCCCCAGCUCGGUGCCACCAGCCCCCUGCGACAGCCGCAGCCCCGCGGCGCCGGCAGCCCCCCGCCCCCGGAGCCGCCGCUCAGCCCGGCCCCCGCGCCGCCCCCGCAGCCCGGGGGCUCUGCCACGGAGACACCGCCCAGGAGCGCCCCCGGCCCGGGCCAGGACGGGGCUGCCGCAGGGCGCUGCGGGAGGUGCCGCCAGCCCAAGGGGCGCUCCCAGCGCAUCCAGCACUUCUGCCAGAGCGACUUCGUGUUCCACGGGCUGAUCCUGGCGCAGCUCGUGGUGGGGCAGGAGACCCGCUACGAGGUGGAGGUGAAGGGCCGGUACCGGCAGCGCUUCCCGCUGGUGGCCCGGGAGUACCUGUGGGUGCCCAACACCUGCGGCUGCCCCGCGCUGCGCCCGGGCACCGAGUACCUGCUGAUGGCGCGGCGCCACGUGAACCACGAGCACACCCUGAACCGCCUCCUGCUGCAGGAGCACGGCUACGCCCGGCCCUGGACGCCCCGCCAGGCCCGCCUGGUGCGGGAGGCGGCCCGGCACUGUCCCCACCCCCGGCCACCCUGAGCCCGCCCCGGGGUCACCGCCCCCGAGGGCGAUCCGGGCACCGGACCCUUCCCACGCAAAGGAAACCCCCCCUCAAUCCAUCGCGCCGUCCUUGGGGUCCCCGCGUGGCAGCGGGGAGUGGAGGGGGGGUGGUAAUUUAUUAUUUUUGCAGGAAAUAAAUUGUUUAUCCCC